GAGCUGCAGGGAAAGCAGAACUUACCCUGUAAGUAUUCAAAUUACCUCUUUAAAAUUUUAUUGUGAUGCCUAUUUGCGUUGCUAUAUAUUGUUAUUGUUUAGGACAAGGAAUCAAAACUGAUAUAUCACACUAUCUCUAUUGUUCAUUUUAAUUCAGCAAAAUGAUACAUUUUGAUGAUAUACUAGUCUAUUCCUCUGCCAUCUAUGGAGCUAGCUGCCUUAGAAAAUAAUUUUUUCCCAUUGCUUCCUUCUCUUGAUUAAUGUAUACUGGUUGCGUUAAAGACUGUUUAGUUUUUGUCAUUUAUUCUGCAAAUUUUUUAGAAUUUUUUUUUUCCAGAUCCUAUAGAUUUCUACAGCUUUGUGUUAUUAUCCACCUUAAAUUUAUUUUCCUCUGAAAACAUGCAUGCAUUCACUUGCCCCAAAAAUGGCUUGCGCUUUCAGAUUAUUUUGAAAGGGGAUGAGUGGUUGGCCUUGGCCUUAUGGAAAUUCCACAACCACCAAGGAGCUUGCUGCUUGCAAAAUGAUGUUCUUAGGCAAGCCAACGAAUUUCAAUUUUAAAUUCAAUUAUUGCAGAAGCUCAUGUUUUCCAUUCUGAAGAAUUGGGAAGACUUUUGAAACAAGGAGUGCUUGUGUUCAAAUGAGAUUUUUCUGUAAGCUGGAACUGGAAUGUGGAUCAUCUCUGUUGAAUUAAGCAAGCUUGUAAUCUGACUAAAUCAAGCUGCAGUUUUACAAGUUUUUUAUUUGGGAAAGUAGAACUUACCUUGUAAAUAUCCAAACUACCUCUUUAAAAUUUUAUUGUGAUGCCUAUUUGGUUUGCUAUUGUUGUUGUUUAGGACAAGGAAUCAAAACUGAUAUAUUAGGCUAUCUUUGUAGUAUCCAAACUACCUCUUUAAAAUUUUAUUGUGAUGCGUAUUUCUAAUUUCCCAUCCUCUUUUCCAAUUCCCAGUUGCUUGUGCAGAGAACAUAGCAAAAUCUUGUUAGGCCUAUGUAGGACCCCUUUGUUUCGUGACUCCCUUUUUCCUUUUAUAUUUCAGAAGUUAUGAGCAUACUCUCAAUUGUAGGGGUAUUGCUUGUAACCCCAUUUAAUAAUUUCAUUUGCUAAUGAAAAAAAAAAUGUCAAGUGCUUGCUCAUUUUGAUUCUAAUUGGUUUUUGUUGUCCUGUAUUUGUUUUACCAGCUAUUUGUAUGACCUUUUUUUUCAUCUAAAUUUUGAUUCCAAUGCAUGGAGAUCAGGUAGAUAUCAAGAAGUUAGUCUUCCACAUGAGUUAGUCUUCCACACGAGUUCCCUUGCUUGCCUCCACUUGCUUGCCUCCACUCCCACUUCUUAUUCAUCUCACAUUUCCCAUAAUUUUAGUGAUUGCUUCCUUACUACUGUCUAGCGUCCAA